AUAUAUAUAAUGGCAUUUGGUUGCUAAUACUAAGAUUUAAUAAUGCACAUGAAAAACAAAACUUUAUAGAGUUAGAGUGAGAAAGAUAAUAACAACGAACUAGCUUAGCUAGCCAUGGAGAUCAACAAAGAGCAAGUACAUUCUUCUUGGUUACCAUGGUGUUGUAGUCGGGGAGCAUUUUCGACAACUUCGAGCGAGGUCCCUUUGGAUGAACGAGAAGCUCAUGAGGAUGAUGAGAAACGAGUCGUUAUGGUGAGCUCAAACUCGAAAAAGCCCGGUGGAUGGAAAUCUAUGCCUUUUAUUCUAGGAAAUGAGACAUUUGAGAGGCUAGCAACAUUUGGGGUACUAGCCAACUUUAUGGUGUAUCUAAGGCGUGAGUAUCAUAUGGACCAGGUGGCCGCCACUAACGUCAUCAACAUCUUCUCUGGGGUGGCUAAUUUCGCCCCUUUGGUUGGCGCUUUUCUUUCCGAUGCUUUCAUUGGACGCUUUUGGGCUAUCGCUAUUGGUUCUUUGGCUGCUUUUCUGGGAAUGGUGGGCCUAACAUUAACAGCAUGGAUCCCUAACCUAACACCACCUUGGUGUCCAUUCAAUGACAGCAAAAAUGUCCAAACGUUAAACCCAAAACAAAUGGGCUCAUGUCAACAGCCCAAUGGACAUCAAUUGGGCUUCUUAGUCCUCAGCCUUGGGCUACUCUGCAUAGGAACAGCAGGAAUAAGGCCCUGUAGCAUACCAUUUGGAAUGGACCAAUUUGAUCAUACAACUGAAGAAGGAAGAAGAGGGAUUAAUAGUUACUACAAUUGGUAUUACACAACUUUUACAAUUGUGGUAAUGUUAACUCUUACUGUUGUUGUGUAUAUUCAAGACUCAGUGAGUUGGGUUUGGGGGUUUGGUAUCCCUACGUCUCUUAUGUUUUGCUCUAUUUUGCUCUUUUUCUUUGGGAUGAAGUUGUUUGUGUAUGUCAAGCCUCAAGGUAGCAUCUUCUCUAGCAUCUUUCGAGUUUUCGUUGCAACAUAUAAAAAGCAUCACCUUGAACUUCCUCAUAAUGUCGAGAAGGGUGUUUACUAUGAUCCGCCACCUUCUGGGGUUCUGGAGUCUGUGCUUCCUCUUACUCAUCAAUUCAGCUUCUUAAACAAAGCAGCAAUAAUACAAGAGGGUGAAAUAAACAAAGAUACUUAUACAAAAACACCAAGAAGUAAAUGGACUUUAUGCAGCGUACAAGAAGUUGAAGAAGUAAAAUGUGUGAUAAGAGUACUCCCAAUUUGGGCAUCAGGUAUUAUUUGUUUCACCUCAGCUGCACAACAAUCAACCUUUGCAGUCUCACAAGCCAUGAUCUUGAACCGAGCCAUAGGCCCGAAAUUUCAAAUCCCACCAGGCUCAAUUGGUAUCAUAUCCAUGCUUACCAUAGGAGUUUGGGUGCCAAUCUAUGAUCGUUUCAUUGUUCCAUCUCUUCGAAAGGUCACGAAACAUGAGAAUGGCAUUACACUUCUCCAACGAAUGGGGAUUGGCCUUGCUUUCUCGGUGCUUUCGAUGAUUGUGGCCGGUCUAGUAGAGCAAAAGAGAAGAAAUGCGGCAAAUGAUCACCACCAAAUGCUAUCGAUUGGGUGGUUAGCCCCUCAGUUAGUCAUGCUAGGACUAGCAGAAGGGUUUAAUUUCAUAGCACAAAUUGAAUUCUACAACAAGCAGUUUCCUGAGAAUUUGAGAAGUAUUGCGACUUCUAUGUUCUUUUGCACCAUUGCCGGUGCAAACUACUUGAGCAGUGCAUUGGUGAGUAUUGUUCAUAAGUUUACUGGUAGACAUGGUAACCCAGAUUGGCUAACCAAUGAUAUAAAUCAAGGAAGGGUGGACUACUUUUACUACUUGCUUGCUAUAAUGGGUGUGCUGAAUCUCAUAUAUUUCGUGAUUUGUGCUAAGAAAUAUAAAUAUAAAGGUAGUAAUAAUGAUAAUUCAGAGGGGAAAGAUAUUACUGACAUUGAGCUUGAUCUUGUUAAAUAUUGAAGAAAAGAGAGUUCUGUACUACUUAGUCUUAGCUAGAUAGGGUAUACAUAUAUGUGUAAUAAGCUGAAUUUGAGAAUCUGCAUAGUAGUGUAAUCUUUGAUCUUUUAAUAUUAUCUAACUCAUGUUUUGAUGGGUGUAAUAAUUGAGACUUGCAAUUAUUUAUUUAUUUAUUUUUAUUUUUAUUUUUUUUUUCGCUGCAAUAUAUAAAAUGCAUUCUAACAAAAGUCAAAAGAGUAAAGGUUGUAAAAAAGGAUAUUUAAGUAUGUAGCUAAGAUUUCCGAGCCUUUUGUUAGAAAUCAAUUCAAUCAAAAGUUUAAGCUAACGGUUGACACAUUGCAUUAUUAUGAAUAAGGCACAAGUUAGGCAUGAACUAGGUUAUAUUUAGUAGUCAAUAAAAGAUAUA